GACAACUUCGCCAUUUCUCUGUCGAUCGUCGUUGUGUCGAGAUAAAAAUGUUCUGGGGGACAAGUCCAGCGCUAGAUUUACAAGAGGAGUACUUAAAACAUGGAGACGAAAAUUCGUACGAGCUCAACUUCCUAGUUAUCGGCGGAUGUGAUGCCCGACAUCUUAUCAAGACUUUAGCCCAAGCAUAUCGCCACACCAGGCGUUAUAUGAACAUAUUCGUCAUCGAUGGAUGUCCUGAGCUCAUUGCAAGACAACUUCUAUUAAUGUCACUGGCUUUAGAAAGAACGACGAAGUGCGGAUUACUCGAAAAGACCAGGCGGUUCUUGGAAGUGUACGGUAAUAUCCUCCUUCGACCCCCUACAUCCAGGUAUUUAACCGCCAAAGCUCGUCAACUGAUUGGCAUGAUUACUAACACUGAAUACAUGAGCUGUCUUCUUCCUUGCAUAUCGAUUGACCAGAUGAAAUACCGUGAAAGGGACUACAUAGAAAAUCUAUUCAAUUUUUGGACAACUGGAAACACAAAUCAGUUUAAUGCGUGUGAGCUCUGGGAGCAUCGAGUGAGACACAGUCUCGGGUUGCGAUAUGAUACCAGAGCGGGGGUCUACGACUGGGACUACCACAUGCGCCUGAGAGAAAUAGCGAAGCAAAUAUCUUUUCAGGAGUAUAAGCAUUUUAGAGAACAUGGUGUCCCAUUUACUUGGCUGGAAACUGAAGUAUGUCGGCCCAAUGUUACGUUUGCUGCCGGUGUAUACAAGUGCGGGGAGAGAUAUUUGCAUCGCGGAUAUCUUGGGGAUAUCGUGACGUCACCAUACAUUGCGUAUGGAUUGGAUUGCGAGGAUAAAGAUAUGUUGCGGACCACUCAGGGCGCUAAUUUCAAGAGAGCGACCGAUAUAUCGGAGCGUAAUGUUAUGCGAAUGUUGUACGAGCUUGAAAAUCGCCAGAAGUUUGAUGUUAAUCUGAUGAACUUGGAGGAUGAGAAGAAUUUAGGUCUGGUGGUGAUGAGUCAGAUAGAUGCAAAAAUAUCUGAGAGUGUGCCUGAAGCGCCGUUACUGCUUAGAGAAGACCGUGAUACUUAUAUUAAUGUUGAUUAUGGUAAGGUUCAUUUUCUUUCUCUCUCUGCAUUGGACCAGUAUCCUCAUAAGCCGCCGUUUCAAGGCUUGUUCCAUGGUGUGUUCGUUGGACAGAAUAUGCUCCCGCGCAUAAAGCCUAGUGUGUGGUCGAUGGCUAGGGACGAUGCUGUGGUAAUUAUGGACACUCGUAAAUACUUGGUGGAGUUCUUAAAGGAAGAUGUGAAAGCUUUCGGCGAACAAAUACAGCAGGCGGCCGCCACCGCGCAGUGCGACAAAAAAUCCACGUUCGAUCCCGAAAAAGAUGACUUCGCUAAGUUUUUAAUUAGAAGGAAAAGUGAAAGUACUGAUGCAUCGGUGUAAAAAUAAACGAUAAACUUUAAAGCUCUUUUAUUAGGUUU